CAACAGCAAUCGGUGGAUUCCGCCGCCGCAGUAUGGAGUCGGCAAGAGGACAAGAUUCUUGAGCAGGCUCUGGUGGAAUUCCCGGAAGGAAUCGACCACUGGUGGCGGAGAAUAGCUGAAUUUCUUCCGAGUAAAUCGCCAGACGAGGUCAGACUGCAUUACGAGGCUCUCUUGCAUGACAUCGUCGAGAUAGACUCGGGUCGCGUUGAGCUGCCAGGUUAUUCGGAUGAGUCCGCGCCGCUUGGGUGGGACGAGGCCAGGCCGAGGGUGCCGGGUCAAAUCUCAUUAAGCGGUGGGAACCACAGUCGGCACUCCGAAGUUGAACGGAAAAAGGGCAGGCCAUGGACAGAAGAUGAACACAGAUUUGAUGGACUACUGCAUUUGCACCACGGUUAAUCGUUCUUGUCUAUCUUAAGAUAUGCCUGCAGUACUGUGAUUAAUUGCAACAAGUAAUGGUGA